AUGGCUGACAGACAACAUGAUGCACAGCCACACACCUUGAAGGAUAAUGUACGGCCAGUUGUGAAUGACAACUACUCGGGUAUAAGACGCCAGACCGUUAAUGCCAACAAUUUCGAGCUCAAACCAGCCUUGAUCAGUAUGGUGCAACAGGCCCAAUUUAGCAGAUCGCCACUUAAUGAUCCCAAUAUUCAUUUGGCGAUGUUCUUGGAGAUUUGUGACAUUGUAAAGAUCAAUGGUAUUACUGAAGACAUCAUUAGACUGAGAUCGUUUCCUUUUUCUUUGAGGGACAAGAUGUUCUACAAUGGGUUAAAUGGGCAAACUCGAACCAUAGUUGAUGUUGCAGCUGGUGAAACUUUGAUGUUAAAGACAGUUGAAGGUGCUAUCUUUCUUUUGGAAGAAAUGGCCUCAAACAACUAUCAAUGA